AUGGGUAUGUUAAAAUUUAUUUGUUGUAUUUUAUGUGGAAAUGAGUUGGGUGAAAGUAUACCAAGUUGUUCUAGUAGUAAUUUACCCGAUAAUGAUUUAAAUGAUCAAUUUAAAGAAAGUGCUAGUAUAUCUAAACCUGUUGAAAAUUCAAAAUCUUCUAGUUAUUUCUUUAAAGAAAAACUUAAUAAGAUAAGACAGAAUGAUAAAGACAGUUCUUACUCAAGAUCUAAUUUUUUUAUUAAAAAUCAGAUUGAAAAGGCUGAAAGAAUCAGUGUAUGUACACAUGUUAAAAUUAUGGGUGACAAUCGAGAACAAAUCAAAAAAAUUCUUGAAGAUUUUAACAACUAUUUUAAUUUACUUAACUCUAUUAACUUAAAAAAGUCAUCAAUUAUUGAUAAUCUUUUAAAUUUGCUUAAACUUUUAAAAAAUGGUAAUAUUAAAAAAAUGAAAGAAUUUACAGGUGAUAUAAUAUUUUACAAAGACGAGCAUGAUAUGAGUAAAAAUACACAGGUUUACAAAUUAAUUAAAUCAAGCAAAGGUUAUAUUAUCGAUUUUCAGUUACUUUUUCCUGAAGAAAAAGAACAUGUAUGUAAUAUAAAUCUAACUCCCGAUAGUGUUAAGAAUAUUGUUAAUUCUUUAUUUGACGUUUCAAUUGUUGAAUUUUUUAACAGUCAUUUUAAUGAGUAUUUAAAUGGAAAUAUUUAUAUAUCAACAUCCUUAGUUAAGUUAGUAGAGAAUGAAUAA